UUUCUUUAGAUUACUAUGUCUGGACGUGGGAAACAGGGAGGUAAAAGCCGAGCUAAGGCCAAGACUCGAUCAUCCCGAGCCGGCCUUCAGUUCCCCGUGGGCCGAGUGCACCGCCUGCUCCGCAAGGGCAACUAUGCCGAGCGGGUGGGGGCCGGCGCGCCGGUGUACCUGGCGGCGGUGCUGGAGUACCUGACGGCCGAGAUCCUGGAGCUGGCGGGCAACGCGGCCCGCGACAACAAGAAGACGCGCAUCAUCCCGCGCCACCUGCAGCUGGCCAUCCGCAACGACGAGGAGCUCAACAAGCUGCUGGGCAAAGUCACCAUCGCGCAGGGCGGCGUCCUGCCCAAUAUUCAGGCUGUUUUGCUGCCCAAGAAAACCGAAAGUCACCACAAAGCCAAGGGCAAGUAAAGUCUACAACAAAACAACACAUAACUCUCACGU